AUGCCACUUUGUAUUGCAAAUUUCCUGGUCUCAUCCGAAUGGUGCAUUUAUGGUCUGCUUAAGGACGAUUUCUACCUAAUCCUACCAAACGGAAUUGGUUCGAUUCUGGCGAGUGGUCAGCUUGCCUUGUUCCUGGUGAUACCCCGAAAAGCUGGCUUGCACAGUCCGCUGAUGAAGCUGAUCAAAUACUGUGUUGAUGGAGCUGUCGAUGCUGAGGCCGAUGUCGGUAAGCCACUUCUUCUCGCUGAAGCUUUAGAAAGCGAAAUCACGGCUGUGGCGUUGACAUCGUGUUGA